CAGCGCGGCCUGCUCCCCUCACACAGACAGCAGUAAUGGCGGCCGGUUAGACGUCCACACAAACAGCGCGUCCGCCAUCAGCCGCUCUCACCGCAGCUCCUCGGUCCCCGCGGCGGAGCGGAGCGGCGUCAGUCCGCCUGCGGGCCGCCGCCGCGCUCCACUCUGCACCCAAUUCUCCGAUAUAUUCCUGAAAAUUCUAAAAUAACAUGGACGAGCACCCCGGAGGAGGAGGAGGGGGAGGAGGAGUUCCAAGACAGCCGCCGCCGCAGCAGCAGCAGCCGGGGAGCAACAGCACCGCUAACCCGCCGCUCGGAGGAGGAGCCGCCGGGGCCAUGGUGCCGCAGCAGCCUGACGAGCUGUCCCGGCCGCAGCAGCAGUACACCAUCCCCGGCAUUCUGCACUACAUCCAGCACGAGUGGGCCCGCUUCGAGAUGGAGCGGGCGCACUGGGAGGUGGAGAGGGCCGAGCUCCAGGCGAGGAUCGCCUUCCUGCAGGGGGAGAGGAAAGGUCAGGAGAACCUAAAGAACGACCUGGUCCGAAGAAUAAAGAUGUUAGAGUAUGCGUUGAAGCAAGAGAGAGCAAAAUACCACAAAUUAAAAUAUGGAACAGAGUUAAACCAAGGAGAGAUGAAGAUGCCAAGCUUUGAAUCAGACACCAAAGACUCCGAGGUCUCUGCUGUUCCUGCCAACAGUCAACUCACCUGGAAACAAGGACGGCAACUCCUCAGACAGUACCUGCAGGAGGUGGGAUACACGGACACCAUCCUGGACGUGCGCACUCAGAGGGUGCGCUCUCUGCUCGGCCUGUCGGGUUCCGAACAGAACGGAUCCGUGGAGAACAAGAACCUGCAGCACCUGAUCAACGGCACGGAGCGCCGCAAAGACGCCAAGAGAAGUCCAGGUGACGUCUUGGACACGUUUAACUUCCUGGAGAACACGGAAGACAGUGACGAGGAUGAGGAUGAGGAGGGAGAUCUGAUGGACGACAUCAGCACCGAUAAACACCACAGAGCCAAGAAACACAAAACCAAGGUGGGGAACGAAGGUUUAGCCUCGGAGGACGACGCCGACACGGAGGAGGCUCUGAAGGAGUUCGACUUCCUGGUGACGGCGGAGGACGGCGAGGGAGCCGGAGAGGCGCGGAGCUCCGGAGACGGGACGGAGUGGGCGGAGCCGCUCCCGUUCCCGAGCGGCGGGGGGAAAUCCUUCCUGCUCGGCGGCUCGGAUGACGUGCUGGAGAGCGUGCUGGGUUUGGGCGACCUCGCCGACCUCACUGUCGCCAACGACGAGGCCGACUACGGCUACGACCUGCCGUCCAAUAAGGAGUCUUCAUUCAGGAAGACGUGGAACCCCAAGUACACGCUGCGCAGCCACUUCGACGGCGUGCGAGCGCUCGCCUUCCACCCCGUGGAGCCCUGCCUGGUCACCGUGUCCGAGGACCACACGCUCAAACUGUGGAACCUCACCAAGACCGUCCCCGCCAAAAAAAGUGCCUCCUUCGAUGUUGAACCCAUCUACACGUUCAGAGCCCACGAUGGUCCCGUGUUGUCGCUGGCGAUGACAUCGAGCGGUGAACAGUGUUUCAGCGGCGGCAUCGACUCCACGAUCCAGUGGUGGAACAUCCCCAGCUCCAACGUCGACCCCUACGACACUUACGAUCCCAGCGUUCUGGCCGGGUCGUGGACGGGUCACACAGACGCCGUGUGGGGAUUGGCCUACAGCGGCAUCAAGAACCGCCUCCUGUCGUGUUCGGCCGACGGCACCGUGAAGCUGUGGAACCCGACGGAGAAGAACCCCUGCAUCGCCACUUUCAAUGCCAACAAAGAGCACGGCAUCCCCACCGCCGUGGACUUCAACGGCUGCGACCCCGCCCACAUGGUGGCGUCCUUCAACGGCGGCGACGUGGUGGUGUACGACCUGGAGACCUCCCAGAAUGCACUGGUGCUGAAGGGACAAGGAGACAGCACACUGCCAGGCUCUAAUCAUAUCAAUAAGGUGGUGAGUCAUCCCACGCUGCCGGUCACCAUUAGCGCUCACGAGGACCGGCACAUCAAAUUCUACGAUAACAAGUCAGGUAAAGUCAUCCACGCCAUGGUGGCUCACCUGGACGCAGUGACCAGUCUGGCUGUGGAUCCCAACGGCAUCUACCUAAUGUCUGGGAGUCAUGACUGCUCCCUCCGUCUGUGGAACCUCGACAGUAAAACCUGCGUUCAGGAGAUCACAGCUCACAGGAAAAAGAGUGAGGAGGCCAUCUACGACGUCGCCUUCCACCCCUCCAAGGCCUACAUCGCCUCUGCCGGGGCCGACGCGCUCGCCAGGGUCUACGUGUAAACGAGCAGGAGGAUGAGGAUGAGGAGGAGGAAGGUCAAACAGUCACACAGAGACUCAGAAAGAGGCCAAGGGGACGGCUGCACACAAACAAACAGGAUUCAGGUCCGAACACAGAAUUCAGCUGCAGAGACUGGAAGAUCUGAACACACACACACAGCGUACGGAGUCAUGUGACCGACUGACGAGAGACGGUCAGCCUGCAGGUCGACACGCAGCCCUGCCAUGUUGUCGUCUGCCCCCCCCUCAGAAAAAAAAAAAAUCCCAGCUCUGACCACACUACACGCCCCCUCCCACAUAUAACACUAAGUGAUCCCCCCCAAAAGACUUUCAUGAGACUGCUGGCGUCAAAGGUCAGGAGCCUCGGCACACGCCAAAUCGUAGGAGCCCACAGUAAAAUGUUUCUUUCAGAACAGAGAGGUACAGAUAUCUUCUGAGAAAGUUUACAUUUCAUUUAAAAAUCAUUUUACAGAAUCUUGUAAAUGAAAACCUGAAAGGAAACUGUGUGACAGAAGCAGCGAGACGUCCGGGAAGCAUCCAGGCCAGUCUACGGCUCACACUGCCUCUCCAGCGGCGAGCAGCUCGCUCGGUGUCACGGCGAUCCCCAGCGCGCACACACACACACACACACACACACACACACUCACUCACACAGAGCAGCUGCUUCUGUUGGAAGAAUCACAGCCCGUUUCUUCUUGGUUCCGCUUCGCAGUGUCGUCCUGGUGGCCCCUUUUUGGCCCGCAGGCCGGAUGUUUGACACCCCUGUUGUCAAGCGUGGUGAGAGCGGCUGGAGAAAGUCUCAUGUCCAAACAAAGAUCCGUCUUGAAUCCGAGCACAGGAUUGGUCGGUGCUGCUCGCCCUCAGCCCCCCGUGUUAAAGCGACGUUACCGUGGUUACACGUUAGUGACAAAUAAUUCUAGUUUUUAUAAUCCCGUUUGUUUAUAUAUACAUAUAUAUAUAUAUAUAUAUAUCUAGAAACGUCCGGGAGGAGCAGGAGCAGCAGCAGCAGCAGGAGGAAGAGGGCUGGUAUUUAUUUAUUUCCAGAUGUAAUAUUCUGGAGUUUAAAGCAGCGUUAAAACAGUUUGUUUUUUUUAUUUAAAAAGUCACAAUCAGGUCAGUAUUCCUGAUAGAAGUAAUAAAAAUUCUCUUUCAGAUAUUCAAAACAAAAACAUGAAACAUGCUCAUUUGUAUGAGAAAGUUUUUAAAAAUGAGGUCAAAUAUUCUGAUAAUGUCAGAAAUGAAACUUUUGAAUUGUGUCAAGUCAGAGUCCCAUAAAUAUUAUCUGCUAACAGAGAAGGUGGGAAGUGCCAGUGGAUGCUCUCCAGCUGGGAAAGUGGGAAGUUUUGAAGAGCUCCACGGAGCUAACGUGACUGAAGAGUUUCUCUGUGUCGUCCUGUUGUCGGUUCGGCCUGCCCCUGGAGUGUGUGGGACCCCGGUUCGAUCCCCACUGUAUGACCGCACUGUUUGACUCACUUUGCUAGCCCGACGCAGACACUGGAGCACAAACACGGCCGAUGUAGUCACCCAUCCUGUGAGAAUUACUCAGUUUUAUAACAAUGGUGUGGUGAAGUUCCAGUAGAAUCCGCAGCCUUUUAUUAACACGCAACACCGAGUUUUGAUGGACUUCAUUAAACCAUUAAUUCUGCUCAAAUCAGCCAAUCACAGACAGGUGGGAGGUCCCUGAACGCAGCACAGGUUGUGGCCUCCUCGUCCUCUUCCUCUUCGUCUCCGCACACGGUGGGUUUUUUUUUUUUAACCUCGUCCCUGGUUUUUAUUCUCGUCGCAGCUCCGGGACAAACGUCCAGUCAGAGGCGUCCUCUGAGCAGGUUUUUGAAAGCUGCUCUCUGAUUGGCUGACACAGGUUUUAAUAGUUGAAAUGUUAUUUUUACCGUGAAGGGAUUUGUAAGCUGACGGCCGGCACUCUGUUUCCUGUGUAACGACGACUCUUCUGUUUGUGUACUGCAUGAUUAAUACAAGAAAAGUAUUUUUUCUAGUCUUCCAAAAAAAGGAAAAAAAAAGUUCUGAUCAGUUUGCCAGUUUUGAUGAGUUUUGUAAGUUUUUUUUUUUUUUUUUUCUUUGAUUUCCAAACUUCUGAGCAGCAGAUUUUAAAGACUGUACCACAUUAGCAGAAUACAGCUGUGGAAAUGUAUAUAAAAUGUCUAUAACUAUUAAAUGGUGUAAAUGUACAGAAA